AUGGGAUGCAUGAGUGGGAACAGGAUAGCUAGAAAGGAAGGAAAAAUCGAUGUGUAUCUGAACAUACCGGACAGCUUUAUAUACGACAUAAAUGAAGUGGUGGUUGAGUAUGACGAAGUGCAGAACAAGGUUCGGAUAAUAAGCGAGAUGAUACCUGCAUCGAUACGAGGCAAUAUGGAGAUGUACUUCAAAGGAGACAUUGAGAAGUAUGUGCAGCUUUUAGAAUACAAUCUUGAGACUUUUUUCAAAGGAGAAUGUCCUGAGAUAUGCGAAGAUGCAGAGAAUGGCAAUGCUGUUGUACUAAGGCCGUUUGAGCUACCGAGGAGUCAUCGCUUUGUAAUGAACCGUAAUGUUGUGCCAAAUGUAAGGAUUGAGUUUGAUAAGAACAUGAGCUUUGUAGUGUGUGAAAGGCUUAAUAUUCAGGUUGAGUGCAAUAGAUGCAAAAGGAAGGUUAGGGCACACGAGUCGGUGGACUGUGCUGGAUGCAUGAAGAGACUAGAUGUGUUAUACAUUCCCACGCUUUGCACUGAAUUUGUAGGGUUUCUGAAGCUAGGGGGAUGUAGCUUGAUACUGCUUGAUACAAGCAAAUACCAAUUUAGUUGUGAUAAUUGCCAGAUGAACUACGAAACCAACGAGUUAGGUGUUGGCGAUGUGUUUAGCAUGAAGUGCUACGAAUGCUUUUCAAGCCUGUACAUAAAGAUUACAAAAAUGAUGCUGAUUGAGAAUAAGAAAGGCGACAUGGUCAGGCCAGGACAUCCCCUUCCAAAUGACGGUGCAUGCAAGCAUUACAAGAGAUCUUACAGAUGGUUCCGGUUUCCAUGCUGCAACUCGCUGUAUCCGUGUGAUGUAUGCCAUGAUGAAGGCAAUCAGCACGUCCAUGAGAUGGCAAACAAGAUGGUGUGUGGGCUGUGCUCAAAGGAGCAGGGCGUUACUAAGGAGUGUGCCUGCGGAAUGAAAAUGAACAGAUCAACCACGUUCUGGGAAGGUGGCAAGGGAAGUAGAAAUAAAGCCACCAUGAGCAAGAAGGAUAAGAAGAAGUACAGCAAAUAA